CUACUCCCUCCCACGGAGGAGGCGGAGGCGCUUCUCAAGGGCGGGGCCGCCCCGCUGGCAGGCCCGGGGAGGCGGAGGUAGAGGCGGGCUCUCUCCUCCGCCAGGGCAGCCUCCUUCGACGCCGGCUUCCAAGGGGCGCCUGAAGGGAACUCGGGCGCUUCUCGUUAGCGUGAGCCCUAAGGAUGGCAGAAGCUAACCAUGUCAAUUCAGUGUUUGAGUUGGCCGAAGUACAUGAUGGCGAACGAAAUCACCAUCCUAGGAUCAUCUUGGAACCCAUAGACAAAAGGACAGAUAUCAAGGCAUGGAUAGUGAAGAAAGUGAAGAAAAAAUGCAGCUGCACCCCAGCUAUAGCCAAAGACUUGGUCUUCAGUUUUCUCCCAGUGCUGAAGUGGCUCCCCAAAUACAAUGUGAAAGAAGACCUCUUGGGAGAUCUGAUGUCUGGUCUGAUUGUGGGGAUCUUACUGGUCCCACAAUCCAUUGCCUAUUCCCUUUUGGCUGGCCAAGAACCCAUCUAUGGUCUCUACACAUCUUUUUUUGCAAGCAUCAUAUAUUUCCUCUUUGGAACCUCACGUCACAUCUCUGUUGGCAUUUUUGGUGUACUCUGUCUGAUGAUAGGAGAAGUAGUAGACCGUGAAGUACAGAAAGCUGGCUAUGAUUUAGACAUACAUGUUUACAUUAAUAGCAGCAGCACAAUGGGGCCUCUAAAUAUGAACCAAACAUCACAAACAUUUUGUGACAAAAGUUGCUAUGCAAUUAUUGUUGGAAGCACAGUGACAUUUAUGGCUGGGAUUUACCAGAUUGCCAUGGGCUUUUUCCAAGUGGGCUUUAUCUCUGUAUACCUCUCUGAUUCCUUGCUCAGCGGAUUUGUUACAGGUGCUUCCUUCACUAUCCUUACCUCACAAGCCAAAUACCUGUUGGGUCUAGAUAUUCCUCGGAGCAAUGGCAUUGGUUCCUUUAUAACUACAUGGAUAAACAUAUUCAAAAACAUCCACAAAACCAACUUCUGUGACCUUAUCACCAGUUUCCUGUGCUUACUUGUUCUUAUCCCAACUAAAGAAUUGAAUGAACGGUACAAAUCCAAACUUAAGGCUCCCUUGCCCACAGAGCUGUUUGUGGUUAUAGUAGCUACAUUGGUAUCACAUUUUGGGAAACUGAAAGAAAAAUAUGGCUCCAGUGUUUCUGGACACAUCCCAACAGGGUUUCUGCCACCACAACCACCAGACUGGGGUCUCAUUCCAAGCAUAGCUUUGGAUGCAGUGGCCAUAGCCAUUAUUGGCUUUGCUAUCACUGUGUCUCUUUCUGAAAUGUUUGCCAAGAAGCAUGGCUACACAGUGAAACCCAACCAAGAAAUGUAUGCCAUUGGUUUCUGCAACAUCAUCCCUUCAUUUUUUCACUGCAUCACAACUAGCGCAGCCCUUGCCAAGACCCUUGUCAAAGAGUCAACGGGCUGUAGGACUCAGGUAUCUGGAGUGGUGACUGCCUUGGUCAUCUUGUUAGUCCUCCUUGUCAUUGCUCCCCUCUUCUACUCCCUCCAGAAAUGUGUGCUAGGGGUCAUAACGAUUGUCAAUCUCAGAGGAGCCUUGAGAAAGUUUGGUGACCUGCCAAAAAUGUGGCAAUUAGGUAAAGUGGACACAGUGAUCUGGACUAUCACUAUGUUGUCUUCAGCACUGAUAAGUACUGAACUUGGUCUUUUGAUUGGGGUCUGCUUUUCACUGCUGUGCGUUGUUUUGCGGACUCAGAGACCAGAAGGACAACUACUGGGCUGGGUGCCAGAUUCUGAAAUCUAUGAACCUCUUCCUGCCUACAAGGACCUUCAGACUAAGCCCAGCAUCAAAGUUUUCCGGUUUGAGGCACCCAUCUAUUACGCCAAUAAAGAAAGUUUUAAGUCCAUGCUCUACAAACAGACUGGCGUAAAUCCUGUGUGGGAGCUAGCAGCAAAGAGGAAGACAGAAAAGCGAACAAAGAAAACAGCCAGUGCCAAUGGAAACCAGGCUGAGGUUUCAGUACAGCUUUUCACUCAGGACUUUGAGUUCCAUACUAUUGUGAUUGACUGCUGUGCAGUGCAUUUCUUAGAUACAGCAGGGAUCCACACACUGAAAGAAAUCCACAAGGAUUAUGAAGAAAUCGGCAUCCAGGUGCUACUGGCUCAGUGCAAUCCCUCUGUGAGGGAUUCCCUUCACCGAGGGGAGUAUAUAAAAAAAGGGGAGAAGAAAUUCCUCUUCCAUAGUGUGCACCAGGCUGUGGAAUAUGCGCUGUGUUCUUCUAAGCAGAAUGGGUGCUGUGCUCCUGAAGGCCAGUGUAAGGGAAAAGAUCUUGCAGAGAGUUAGGAAAAUUCAGGAGUGGCAGUCCUAUGAGUGGGAUAAUUCUGGUCAUACACUCAGAUGGGAAUAAAGGGCUACUUUUGUUUUUCGUAUUGUUGAUCACACAAGAUAAUAAAGGUGUUUUGAUGCUUUAAUUUUGCUCUGCUGGGAAGGGCAUUAAAUAAUAGGACUAAGAAGAGGUAAUGUGAAUAGUUACAUCCAACGUUACUUCACUUUGGAUAUAGCAAAGCCAAUACUCUUGAAACUAGAUGUGCCUUGUACCUCCUACUCCUUUUGUUGUGUUCAUGUUUCAAAUUGUGCUGCUUACCAUAAUGUCCAUUGAUGCAAAAAGUGCCAUAUUUUUAGAGGAUUUCUCACUUUGAAGCAACAAUAAAUGGUUUGGAUCCUACAAUUAGUAUCUACAGCAGGUUAAGGAAGAUUUCAUGCCAUCUACUCUUCCCUGGAAAGCUCUCCAGAAGAACUCUGGUGCAGGAUUGGAGAAGCUAUGAAGGAAUGCAAGGAUCAGAGUUGGUGGAAAUCCUCUAAUGUAGCAAUUCCCCACCCCACACCAAAAUACCUUAUCCUGCAUUGCUGAAAAGGCCCCAGACUCUAUGGAGAUUUUUUAAAAGAGAAAUAAAGAAGAUAGGAAACUAUUUCCCCCAUCAACUUCCUCCUAUUCCCUUACCAGAUGAUCUUUUAUCGUAUUGAAGGAUUUAAGUACUCAUUAUCCACAAUUCAGAUAGAGUGAGAGUUUUCUCACUUCUUGGUAUGUCUGAGAGAUUCUUGAUAAUAGAUGUGAAGUUUAGUUCUCAGCUAUUACUAAAACUAUACAGAGAGCUUUCUGCUGUUGUGGAAAACCAGUCAUAAGUGUCUUUACUACAACUUUAAACAAGGGAAAAGGCAUGUUAUCUGUUUAGAGACAUUUCUUUUUUAUGAAGCAAACUGGAUACUUAAUUAACUUCAGAUGUUUCUUUGGAAACCAAAAACCCAUACCAUUCCUUUAAGAAAAUUAAUAAAGGAUUACUUCAGGUAACUCAGAACUUGUAAAUCUCACCCUUCCCUGCUCCCAAGAGCUCUCCUUUAUCAGCCUGGAUUGUUGCAUAAGGAAUCCCUUGAGUAAGUUGUCCUACAGAUGUAUUUGUUCAUUACAGUUUCUUAAAACUGGGCAUGUCACAAACUAAUAUAUCAGGUUUCUAACUUGAGAAUUAAUUUAAAACCUUUCAUAGCCACUUCAAACCAAAUAUUUUUUUUCUGCUCCCUUUUGGUGAUGCCUUAUUUACUUAAAUACAUGAUUAUGCAUUUAUGUAUUCAGUGUCAAAGACGUUCUUAAACAUUUGUUUUAAGAAAAACAAUUAUUUGAAUAAUAUUUCUGAUUAUGAAGCUCAGUUGAGCACAUUCUGUAGUAGAAUGAAAUUGAUUAUGACUACAUUUGUUAGCAUUCCUAACAUUUUAAAAAGGGACUAUAAUAACUGCAUUAUGAUAUUGGCUGGAGUAAACCAAACAAAAUGUCUUUUUAAGUAUCGCGUUAAGUGGAAUUGUUUCCUUAAUAGUCAGAAUUACAAUUGGGAUUACAAUUCCCAAAACCUUCUAGUCAUCAUGGCCACUGAAAUUCUGGGAGCUGAAGUGUGAAAGAGAAACAUUCCUAGGCUCUAUCAGACCGUGUGGCGAAAGAGUUUCAAAACUGAAAGAUAAAAGUAAGCCCUUCUCUGUACAGAGUGGACCUAAAGCUCACAGAGUAUAUGCUACCAAAAGGAAAAAAAUAACCAAUGAAAAAUUUCACCUGUAAGAUCAACAGGCUAAGUUAGUGAUGUUUUCUUAUUUAUUAGUGAUCUGAGAAAUCAAAAGAAUUUGUCAGAGAGACUGAUCCCCUUUGAAUUACACCAGACUCCAGCUUCUUGUUUCUUUCUUGCUCCCCACCAAGACUCUUCCACAUUUCUCCCCAAACCCAGUAAGUGCUAUUCAAUGCUAUACAGAGUACUGUUGAAAUGAGAAGCCAUGGUGACAAAGCUUUGCAAAGUUUUCAGGACUAUAGUAGCCUUGCUGGCUGGGGAUUUGGGGGAGUGGGGGGGGGAGCUUUACUCCAAAAUAUUUGCAGAGCUCUGCCAUCAUGACUAAUAGUUGUAAUUUUGCCUUUCUCCUGUUACAUUAUCUAUCCUUCAGCACAUCUUAUUCAUUGUGUAAAAAAGAAAAAAAAUAGCUGUUUUGAAAUUUACACCAUUCAGUUUCCUUUGAUGAUCCUGAAUUUUUUCCUGAAAUACUCUUUGUGAGGAUGAGGCAUUUCUACAAAUCUUUCCCCACAAGGGCAAUUUAGCCCCAGGACAGGCCUUUUUUUGAAAUUCAAAAUAACUUCAUUUCCCUUUAUGUUGUUUUUUUCUUAAAAAGUAAGCAUCUCUGGGGUCUAAAAUAGCCCAGCAAGACAAAAAAGAAAAAGAAAAGAAAAGAAAAAGAUUUUAAAAGUUCCUCAUAGGGCAAAGAAAAUCUGGGGAUUCAAGUUUUCCUCAGGAUCUAAUAUUUCCUUUACCUUUCAUUGUUGGCCACUCCUGCCUUAAGAGAAUAUGAGUUGUGCAGCUCACAUUUUCAUAUUUUAUUUAGGAAGAUGUAAUGUAAUCAAAGCUACCUUAAGCAGUAGCGACGUUUUGUUUUGCUUUCUUUGUUGUUAUGUAGGUCUUCUGAGGAAAGCCGAAUAUAGUGAUAUUUUUGUGUUGUUUUUGCAUAAUAAACUGCUACUUUAGAAAGAAGAGGUUACUUUUUAAAAUUAAUGUGAUAGUAAUUUGAACAAUUGAUCAAGAUGAAUGAAUAAAUCAACCAAGCAAAUUGGCUUAUCUGAUACUUCUUAAGUAUAAGGAAUAUGUUAGAAGAACUAUCAUAGGGAAGCUAAGAAUACAUUAAUUCUUACCUAGCAAGCAUGAAAAGCACAAUCCAUAACUGAAAACAGGAGUGUUUUCAGAUUGAGGGUUUGCAGCAGAACUACAAGUCAAUUGUAAGAGCAUCACGUAUUAGGCUAAAUAGGACUAAAAUAAUGAAAUUUUUACAUGGCAUUUCAUGUCCCUUCAGAUGAGCAGUAUUUCUCCACUGCCAUCUGUACAUAUCAUGGUUUGUUCUCUAUGUUCUGUAUCUUCUUUGUUAAUAAGACCAAACGAAAGGUAGUAUUUCCUCUAUCAUUUGGGGGAUGGCAUUGGUUUCCCAUUGGAAUAUGAGUUCCAAGUUUGGGCUCCAAGUUAACAUAAUUGGAACUAUCGGGAACUGAUCCUAUCUCUGUGACAAUUGUUGCUGAUGUGAACAUUCUCCUUUACUGCCAGUUUUUUGGGCUGUACAAUUCCAUUUUGUGAAUGGAGUUGUAAAGCUUGCUCAGAAAUAUGCAGCAUGUUAUCAGGUAGAAUGCCUAUUUAAGAUUUUAAUAAAGCAAGACAGAUUUCUCUGGCUAUGAAUAUAGCCUUCUAGGACCUCAAAGUCCUUUUAUGGCCUUCUGUCAACUGGGAUGAGAGCAGUUCUACAUGUUUGGAACUCUUCUGUAUUUUAAUAGCAAAGCAUUAUGAAAAUGAAUAUCCACAGGGUUUCUGUUAUAAACUUAAGGUGCAUCUGAAUUUGUUUUUUUAAACAACACGUGCAAUUUUAAUAAGUUGCCCAGUGUUCAUUUUUAUUUGGAAUUUACAAGACUAUACCAUAAAAAUUAGUCCUGUCAUGUGCUUGUGAGUGUUGCUUGUUGGAAUAUUUUGUGCCUUCAAUCUCACUGUUUUCAUUACAAGAUGUGCCUUAAGCCAAUGUGGUGUUUGCUUUUUGACAAAAAUGUCAAACAAUAUCAUAAAAUUUGAAAAGACACAGCAUAUUGUUUACAGUAAAUUGAACCAAUAUUUCUGUCUCUGUUUCUGAUCUAUUUUUGGUGUGCCUUUUGAUUGUGGAAUAUAAUUCAAAGCACUUUUAAAUGACAUCCCUCCUCUCAGUUUGUCCUUCAAAUCACCUGUGGACUAAUAGCGACUCCAUGAGUUUUUCAUUGGGUUUUUUUUACACAAGGAAUAUUUAGAGGUAGAUUUGCCACUUUUCUUCUGAAAUACAACCUUAUAGCAUCUGUGAUUUGCUAGUGGUCUCCCAUCCAAGUACUUACCAGGGUUCACCAUAUUUAAGCUCCCAAGAUCAAAUGGUGUCUUUAGGAUGUUAGACCAGAUAUAAAACAAGCAAGUAGAGAAUGCAAUCUACGUGACAUGACUUUUCUGUUUCCAUAAGGAAUUACAGACUUUUGCUGACCUAUUCUUAAUGAAGCAAACACCAUCAAUUUUUUAAAGUCUCUUCUGACUUUCUCUUUGCUUGUCAGUAUCUCCUCAGGCAAGUCUGUAAGAACUGGAGUGCCAUAUCUUCAUGAUAUUGUAUAGAGGAUGCCUUCUUUGAUCCUUCUGCCCUAACAUGCUCCAGUGAAGUGAACAUUAAGCCAAAAGCAACACUGUUUUGCUAUUUUGAAUAGUGCCUAAAUAAUAGUCAAAAUGAUAAAAAAUAUAGUCAUGAAAACAGUAACAAACAAAAGUAAAAACAACAUAUUUAAUUGAAAAGAUAAAAACAUAAAUGAAGCAGUUGCAUUAAGACUAUCAAAAAGGCACUGCAUAAAUAAAGGUAUAGCAAAAAGUAGCUGACACACAAAAUUAAAAUACUAAACAUUAAAAAAUAGGAAAAGUCAUAGGUUGCAUGCAGAGGUAGUUUGCAAAGGAGGAGGAUAAUUUGUUUAGUUCCAUGAAGGAAAGUGUGGGUAGCAGUACAAGUAAUUCCAUGGGAAUUUGGCAAAUAUGUUUAUUUUUAGACUGCCAGUUGUUUCUUUGUGGUAGUUGUGCAGUGCCCAAAGAAAUGGAUGGGAAGUUAUUACAAAAUUGUAUGAACAGAAGAAACGAAACCAGUGUGAUUUUGGCUUUGCAAAAAGUAUAUGGAAUGUAAUAUAUUAUGAACCAAAUUGUUUAGUUAUUUUAUUUCCUGGAUGUUUGUACAGAGACAGUCUACUAUUUAUCCAUUCUAACAAGCACUUGUAUUAACUAUAUCAUAAUAUAGAUGAAUUCAGAUAGAUAUGAAAAAUAGAUGCUUGCUGGGUAAAAUUCAUUUCCCUGUAAGUUUGUAUAAAGUCUGUUUUCCUUGAAUGCUAGUAGAGUGAUAUCUUCAUUGUUGGGGAGCCUUAAUACAACAAUCCUGACGUGAAUAUAAAUUAUACCUUUUCUUUUGAUUAGUCUUCGCUCUAUCAAUGCAAACCUUCUCUCUCUUUUGUGUGUGUGCUAGAGUUACAAUCUUAGUAGAUGAAGAGAAUGCUAAGGCCUUUGACAUGCUCACAAAGAAGCUAGUAAAUGAGCGUGUAUAUUUGUCUCUUUCUUCACAUGUCUUAUUUUUCUCAUGUAUUAUUGCUGCUUGGGAAAAUGCCUGCCACGGGAGUCCAGGGAUUAUGGAAACCUCUCUCCAGCUAAUUGAAAGGAUGCUGUUUAUACAGUUCUGGACUAAGGUAGUUGAGCAAUAACACAUUGGAACAACUUGUGGAAUGCUUGAAAACAAAGUGCUAUUAACAGCUGACCAAAUACAGUUUUGUGAAAUAGCUUUACUUUUUAAAUAUUUCUGUGUAUUUUUCAUCCUUUAAAGAUUGAUUGAAGUCCCAAAAACUUAGAUUGUAAAUAAAUGUUAUGUCUCCUUCUGUACAGUUAGCCUCCAGUUGUUAAAAUGCAUCUCUCAAAUGGCUUAAACAGAAUGUUUAAUGAAAUUUUGUAAGACUAUUUUUAAACAUAUUUGUUAUUAAAAUAUUUUGAAACGUG